AUGGCUCGAAGACUUAGCAGCUUUCCUGUUCCCUCUUUCUCCCUUCUCUUCUUUCCUUUAUUAAUUUUUCUUACUUUCUUCUUUUCUUCCCUUUGUACUCUUUUUCCACUUCUUUCCUCUCAUUGUUAUUCUACCCUCUUUUUCUCCUUUUUCAUAUUUUUCCCAUUCUCCCCCUUUUACCUUUUUACACUUUCUACCUUCUUCCUCGUCUUUCUUUUUUGCUCGUUUUUCAUUUCUUUUUUUCUUUCUUUCUUUUUCUCGUUUCCGUUCCCGUCCUUGUAUUCUCCUCUUUUGUUUUUAUUCUUUCUCCCUUUCUUUUCUUUUUUUCCUUCAUUUCUUUUCGCACUUCUUUUCUUUAUUUCUUUACUUCUUUUUCUUUUAAUUUUACAACUUCAUUUUUUCUCGCGUUUGAUUCUUUUAUUCUUUCCUUUGCUUUCACGUUUAUCGUUUCUUUCUCCAGAUGGUAUCUUCUUCUUUCUCUCUAUCUUUUAUUCUUUCUUUCUCAGAUUCGCCCAGCUAUUCUUCUACUUUCUUUUUUCAUCCUUAUUCCAAGAGACCUUCAUUAAUUCUUUCUUUCUUUCUUUCUUUCUUUCUUAUUCCAAGAGACCUUCUUUCUUUCUUUCUUUCUUUGAUCUCUUUCUUUCUUUCUUAUUCCAAGAAAUCGACUUUCUUUCUUUCUUUCUUUCUUUCUUUCUUUCUUUCUUUCUUUCUUAUUCGAAACCUUCUUUCUUUCUUUCUUUCUUUCUUUCUUUCUUUCUUUCUUUCUUAUUCGAAGUGACUUUGUUUCUUUUUAUCUUAUUUCGAAAGACCUUCUUUCUUUCUUUCUUUCUUUCUUAUCAUGACAACAAAUACGCCAUUUAA